AAGAAAGCACUCUCGUGGUGGAGAACCAAUGGCGCGCGGCGCCACAAGAUCCAUCGCUGACCGUAAUCGCCACACUCACUAUUUCCGGAAUCGCUUUCCUCGAUAUUAUAUCAGAUAAGAAUGUUCGGGAGGAGCAAAACCUCAAUCCUUCGCUGGCAGUCAUUCAAAAUGAAGUUCUAGAGUAGCGAUAGAGCCGAGUUAUCCAGUUCUCUCGGUUCGUGCGGAGUUUGUAAAGGCUUCCUUAUCUUGCAUCUGGGUUGUCUUUUCUUGUUUGAUUUCCAAUUUUAGACAACAUGCUUCCCGUCUGCUCCGCUGCGCCUUGCUGUUCUUCAUUUCAUCAUAUAACUUAUGUAGGCAGCAGAAUGCUUUACCAAUUGAGGAAACUUGGUGAAGAUAGGUUCUUCAUUGAUGAAAGGCAAGGCUUUUAUGCCCAUGACGAUAAUCGUAUUCCAGAUAUGUCUUUCAAAACAAAGGCUACAAAAUUCAUAUAUUCUCCUGUUGAGGAAGCACCUGACUUAUCAGCUUUCCAGGAUCCUUCUACUUUUCCUCCAUACCCAGAUAGUUUUGAUGAUAUAGCACGGGGUUUUCCAAAUGAAAGUAUUGAUGAGCAUGAAAACUGGGCUUGCUUAGCAAAUGAGAUAAGCAGGUCAUGCCCUCUGGCUGAUGAUCUAAAAUAUGUGGCAGAUUCAGAUAUGCUAGGAUCUUAUAUUCUAAAUCAUGAACUAGAAGGUGAAUAUCUAAAUGGAAUAAACCAUGGAAGCACCUCCUUGGAAGCUCUGGCAUCACAAAAUAUCGAUCUAUCAACUGUUACUGAUGCAGAAGUUGAUAAGGUUGCUGAAGUUCCUGAUUUAUUUGAUCAAAACCUGAAUGGAUUAUCAAAUUUGGCCUCUGAUGCUGCAACGGAUACUUUGCCUGGGAGCCCAGUGAUGGUUCCUGAUAUGCCAGAGGUGGUUUCUAAGGAAUCCUUAUAUCUAAAGGAGAAUAUUGGGAGUUUCUUCUCUGGAAUUGAGGAAUCUGUGGACAAACUGCUAAAUAGAGUUGAAGACUCUCUGACGACAACACUCAAUGCAUGGAAGUUAUCACUGUCAGAUACGGUGAACGGUGUCACAAAAACUUAUGAUGGUAUAGGAAGUAGCUUAUUUUCUUCUAUUGAUGAUACCAAGGGACAAGCCAGUGAUAAAUUGGCCAGGUUCUCAAUCAAAUUGGGAGAAAAUAUCUCCAAGGCAGGUGCUGUAGUUCUUGACAGUCUACGAUGGAUAAUCAUUGGUGUAGAGGAUGGUAUCUCAAAUGGUGUAACAUUUGUUCUUUAUGCUUACGCAUCUGCAAAGACAUUCCUUCCACUAGAUAUAAGAAAUGCAUUAAACAUCUUUGAAGAUGAUGUUACCCAAAGCCUAAGUCCAAUUGGGGCCGCUUUUCAGAAGGUCAUCGAAGAAAUUGAGAGAAAUCUUGGCUUAGACCCUAAUGAUCCAUUAGUUCCAUUCUUAUUGUUGAUUGGGACUACAACCACUAUAGGAAUAUCAUACUGGCUCUACAGAUAUGAUGGGUACUCUUUAUCUCCUGAAAGAACUUCAGAGCUUCUUAAGAAUGAUAAAAAUGUUUUGCUUGUCGAUGUCCGGCCCGAGGCUUUAAAAGAAAGAGAUGGUAUUCCUGAUCUUCGGCGAGCAGCGAGGUCUAAAUAUGCAAGUAUAAAUCUCAUUGAGAUUGAUGAUUUAAUCAGAAAACUGCUAAAAGGGGGUAGAGAGGUUGACUAUGCCUUAAUUGCCGUGGUCAUACGAAAUUUCAAGAACAGUAAGAAAGGAACAAAGAUUGUUGUCAUGGAUUCUGAUGCUGGUAGAUCUAAAGCCAUAGCAAGAUCAUUAAAAAAACUUGGUGUGAAGGAACCUUAUUUUGUUGAAGGCGGAUUCCAAGCGUGGAUAAGAAAAGGACUCCGCAUUAAAGAACCUAGACCAGAAACUGCUCUUACUAUAUUGAAUGAGGAAGUGGAAGCAAUCCUUGAAGAUAUUAAACCAUCCCCAGUGCAAUUUAUUGGAUAUGGGCUGGGCACUAUUGUGGCCAUCUAUGCUUUUCUAGAGUGGGAGAAGACAUUGCAAAUUAUUGGUAUUGUCGGUCUUGGGCAGACUCUGUAUCGACGUGUUGCUUCAUACAAAGACUCUGAUGAUCUAAAACGAGAUGUGAGGCUGCUGCUAGCUCCAGUUACACUCGGAGUGGCCACCAUUUCCUGGAUCACAGGGAUUUUGGAGCCCAAAAUGCUUGGCCUGCCAACUUCUCCUUCGUCUACAGCAGUUCAAGAUAGGGUUCUUCAGGCUGCUGCAAAGCACGAAUCUCAACCAGCAGAUGCAGAGGAGAUCCAAGCGCAGGCGAGGGAAUCAUCAGACCAAGUAAAUGAACAGCUAGAUAUUUCUGAAGCAUGACGACCUUCUCUUGUAACUGAGCUUUUUUCUUUAAUGAUUUGUAAUUAAAGUUGCAAGUAAUAAGUUUUAGUCUUAUUAACAACAUCACUUGUAAGUGUUGCUAAUCUGAACAUAAAAAUUACAUCAUUCUUAGCCUUAUCUCCUCAAUUAUUUGUGCAGGUCUUUCA